AUGGAGAAAAGGCGUGAAAUAGAGAAGGAGAAAACUGUGUUAGGCAUAAACCCGUCGCUGCAUAGCAAUAUAGAAGAGAGCAAUAAAGAAAACAGCAGAGGGAACGACAACAGAUCCAUCUCUGAACAUCGGCCGUUGCAAGGGGACGAUGGGACUCUAAUAGACACGCCGAGCGAAGGUCUAGAGGAGACUAUAUCGCCGGGAUUGGAGAGAUACAUACGGCGCUGCACGGGUCUGCCAGUGAUGCUGAAAGCGGGGGAGUAUUCGCCCAACAACCCCCUGAUAAGGGGCGAGAGGACGUCCGGCAACGUCCUCUUAGGGCUCGGGGAGUACGAGAGGCGGAGGAACACCCUGAGGAAGUUGCGCCAGCAGCAGUACAGGGAGCACCUCGAUCAGCAAGCGAAACUGAAACAAGAGGCGAAGGAGAAAGCCGAAAGGGAACGUCGAGAGCGGGAGGAGAGGGAGAGGGCUAGGGAGGAGGAAAGAGAAAGGGAGAAGAGGAAAGCAGAAGAGGAAAGGAUUCAGUUGGAGAGUCCGGUUAGGAGGGCCAGUUGGAAUUACGGCCACGUGCCGAACCACAGUGCCCAUGAGGGCGGACGCGUGCGUGCAGACGGAGGGGGGGGGGGCCGGUCGGUGGCGGUGCAGGCGGACGCGCGACAGCCUUGGCUGUCGCGGCUGACGCCCGCCGAGCGGGAACUCUCCCCCCGGAACAGCUACGGCCACGGCUUAGAGUGCGAGCGAGAGGGCGAGAGAGCGAGCGAGAAGGGCUAUGCACUAUCCAUCUUGGACGCGGAGGCCAUCGAGAGGCGUAACAUGCGCGCAGAGCAGGAAGCCGCAGCGAGACGAGAAUACUACCAGCGGGAGCUGAAGAACCAGAUCUUGGAGCAGCAGAGGAUAAGGGAGGAGAGGGAGGCCAGGGAGAGGUUGCUGGAACAGGCAGAGCUGCGUCGCCUGGAGCGGCAGCUGAGCGCCUUGACCCCCCAUCAGUCCCAGCCCCAACACCAACACCAUCACCAUCACCACAAACCUCACGACUUGCACAUGAAGAAGAAUUCUGAGGAGUCGGAGAAGCGGCGCGUAAAUGCUCAGAGGGAGAUCGAGGAGAGUGCAAAGGAGGUGGAGGUGGAUGUGGAGGCGCGCCUGCGGAGGAACCUCAACCCGCCGCGGCCCAAAGCGGAGCCCCAGCUGCCGAAGCGCCACGGCGGCAUCCUCACGCAGCUCGGCGCCAUCCGCCGGCAGCUGCAGCUCGAGCAGAUGCGCCUCGACGGGACAGCGGCGCCGCCC